AUAAAAAUAUUACUAAACAAUAACAUUGUAUAGUGUUAUAGCCUUGUGGUUAGCUAGCUAGGUGAGCAACACCGAUUUACAACAUGUUAUCCUAACUUGCAUUGUAAACAAGCAAACACAACAUCAGUCAACUUCAUAGGGACGUUAUUGUUUGAUGUCAACCAGAAGGCUAAACAUGAGUGUCUUUGCGCCUGUUCGCAAGGACCGCGUCAUCGCACAACUCCCGCAUUGUUUCCGGAAGGAUGCAGCGGUCCACAUCGAGCACGACUUUAACCCCAAAGUGAAGGCAGCCUGCCAGGAGCAUCGCACCGGAACAGUCGGAUUUAAAAUAUCCAAGGUGAUCGUUGUCGGGGACUUGGCUGUUGGCAAAACCUGCCUGAUUAAUAGGUUUUGCAAGGAUGUUUUCGAUAAGAACUACAAAGCGACAAUCGGCGUUGACUUUGAGAUGGAGCGUUUCGAGGUACUUGGCGUACCUUUCAGUCUCCAGCUGUGGGACACGGCGGGACAAGAGAGGUUCAAGUGUAUCGCGUCCACGUACUACAGAGGAGCACAGGUUGUGAUUAUCGUGUUUGACAUAAACGACGUGGGCUCUCUGGAUCACACAAGGCAGUGGCUGGAAGACGCGUUGAAAGAGAACGACCCCACGGCGGUGCAGCUGUUCCUCGUGGGCACCAAGAAGGACCUGAGCUCUCCUGGUCGGUACCUUCAGAUUGAACAAGACGCCCUCAAGGUGGCGCAGGAGAUGCGAGCAGAGUAUUGGACGCUGUCAUCACUCACAGGAGAGAACGUAAAGGAGUUCUUUUUCCGCGUGGCCUCGAUAGCUUUUGAAACAAACGUUCUUGCCGAGCUGGAGAAGAGCGGGACAAGACAGAUAGGAAACAUCGUCAAAAUCCAAAGCACCGCAAGCAACAAUCUGUACACGGCGUCCAAGAAGAAGCAACCAGCCUGCUGUCAGUGAGGACCUUGAUGCGUUCAAAGGUUUGGAAAAUAAAAGGACACGGCAGCUGCUCUCCACAAGUCCGAUUUUCCUGGCAGAGAGGCAGUGUCUUCUUUGGCCUGUGGAAUAAUGCGGCGCUAACUUGUGUGGGCGUGCAGCAUGACUCACACAUAUUGGGAUUUUAAUAACAGUUUUGUUUUUUUAAGUGGGGGUUGCAACAAUCUGUCCGACUUUCAAGCGCUACUUCAGCCAAUCAAAGGCCUGAAAACAGCUGUGCAAUAUACUAAAAGGGGGAGAGCGUAGCAGACAUGUUGUGCUGUAACAGUAUUUUAAAAAAAUGCAUCUUUUUUUUUUUUUAGACUUGGGCACUGAAAAUAUCCAAAAAGUCAGUGACCCAAAUCAAAGACUAAAUCUCAACUAAAAAAAAAAUAUAUUCAUAUAUAUUUUUUUAGAAAUACCUGUGUUCUUGUGGAAUGAAAAGAAAGUGAUACUGCCAAAGAAGCACUUUGUAAGGCUGAGGUGUCCAAAGUGAAGGCCAUCUUGGUUAUUUUAUUAUUAUUAUUAUUAUUAUUAUAUUGUAUUGAUACAUCUUAAUGCAUUUUAUUAUUAAAAAAUGUAUCAAGAUGUAUUAUUGGAUAGUACACUCUUUGCUUUGUCACCCACAACACAAAUUCAUGUUUUGUUGUGAUGGCUUAGCAUAUAUUGGAUUGUUUUUAACAUCUUUUAAUGUGCAAAAAUGGCCACCGCUUCCUUCAAUUUGUACUUGUAUGCUGUGGACACAGUUUGAAUCCCAUUGAUGUGGAGUUUUAACAUUUUCCACUUUAUACUUGCUGUUUUUAGUUUGCAGCAGUUCAGGGUGGGCCGUGAGUCCAAAAAGCAAUAAGUUGACCUCCUUAUGUAACUGCAAUGUUUUGUAACCAUUCUAAAGGAUACGUCAGUUCAACUUUGAUUCCAUGUUGCUCUAGCAACGGUUCACAAUGACAGUCAUUAUUGAUGAAAACGUUUGGCCAGUGAGUGUUACAAAUGAAACGUGCCUGUAAAUGUUUCAUGGUGUUACUAUUAUUACAUGAAAAGUUCUAAAUAAAAAUGUAUUUUCUACCAAAA